GCUUGUCAAAGGUGAAAUGAACGUGAAUUUGAAACCGUAAAAAUUAAAUGCUUUGGAACUUCAAAAUAUUGACAGAUUUGUACUUUUCGCGGGUGUCCAAGAUCGAAAAGAAUGCUUCCCGCGAUGAUACCAAUUUCUUGUUUGACCGCAAUGCAGGAGAAAAUUUUAAUAAUGCUCUGUUUGAAUAUGGGAUGACACAAUGUCUAUGGUUGUCGCCCUAGAAGAUGACGAUAUAUUUCACGACGAAUUUUCAAGUCCUCUUGGUGACAUGCAGGUUUUACUUUCUGGAUUCUAAUUUCCGGUAUGGGAGGACGUAUGGGAGCAUAUGGGAGCAAUUCUAUGGGUGCAUUACGUCAUGCUCGUGGAUAGGAAGGUACAUUUGUGGCUGGUUUUGCAAGAGUUGAAGUUCAGGGAAGUUCAAGAUGGCCGCUUGCAAGGAGUGAGGUUUUUGAAAACGCCAACAAAUUGUGUGUUAAAAGACAAAAAUGUCCAGCUUCAGUGGCGGACCUUUGACAGAGGAAGAGGAAUACUUGUUAGAAAGAUUUAAAGUCCUGCGAGAAAAGAAAAAAUUGCUUCAAAAAUUGAAGGAAAAAGCUGAAACUAAAGUGAAGCCAGCUGUAAAACGAGAAUUAGCUCCAACUGCAAGUAUUACUCCUGAAGAUGCCAAGAAAAAAGCUGAGAUGCUUGUUGCUUCUGGGUGUGUUAAAAUAUCCAAGACAUCUGUGAGUAGAGAAUUCAAAAGAGUAAGAACGUCCGAAAAGAAACUGGCAAAGGACAGCUUAUCUGAUCAAGAAUUAGCUCCUGUUGAAAAGAAGAGAACACAUUCAGAUAUCAGUGCAAUGAAGGAAAUGUACAAUAGCAAUUUUGUUAAAAGCAGAGAGAAUCGUGACCAUGACUCGAACCCCAAUCAUGGAUACCGAGAUUAUAACCGAGGAUAUCGAGAACCAAGAAAAGGUAACACCGUCUUCAUUAAAGGUUAUGGUCUUACAGAAGAGAUUGUAAAAAAGGAAUUUGGCAAGUAUGGGACUGUUACUGAUGUUCAUUUUGAAAGGGAUAGAAAGUUUGGUUUUGUUACAUAUAAGAGUGUGGACGAGGCUCAAAAAACAAUUGAUGAGAUGAAUGGUGAAAAAGUUGGGGGUGUUUUUGUCCAAGUUUCAUUUGCAAGAAGACAGUUUCAUAAUGAUCGAGGGGAUAGCCCAAUGUGGGCAAGAGAUCACAGACCUCGUGAUCGUAGUGAGAAACCAUCACAGGAUAAUCGAGAGUUGCAGAGAUACGGUGAUGGCGAUGAUUUCUUUUGAGAGUUUUAUCUUCAGGUUGCUUGUGUGUUGCUGGCGUCAAACGCUAGGUUGAAACUCUGAGCCAUUUCUACAUACACAGCAGGCAUGUGGUAGAAAGUAGCUAUUUGGGAAUGAAAUAUACUAGAGAAACAUGGUUUAGUUACUAGUUGGAGAAAACUAGGAUUUGUAAUGCAACCAGAAACACUCAGAUUCUAAAUCAAACUUCAUGAUACUGCAAUCGUCUAAGGAUAACCAAGAUCCUUCUCUCUGACUAGGUUGUAUAUUAAAGGCUAAUAAUUCACACAACUGCUUUAAUAAAGUGCACAUUUUAAUGCAGAUAAUUUAU